CAUCUGCUGCGCAGGCGCACAGCGUGCUGCAACAUUCGGACCAAUCAGCGGCCAGUGUUCCAGGAACGUCCAACAGCAAUGGCGGAGACAAUGAAGCAGAGUGGAAAACAUGCUAUUCCUAAUGAAUCCAGUAAAGUGUCCAGUUACGCUGACUGCGUGUGCGCGUUACUGAAGCUGCUAGCAGACUUUGGGAAAGAGCUCAAAUUAAGUGAUGAUGCUCUGAGAAUAGAAGUCAACGCAGACACCGUAAAUGUUUCAUCACCUCCAGCCGCUCAUGUUUACAGAUGUUUACAGGAACAUGUCACUAAAUUACAGGCUGUUUCAGAAAGCCUAAAGAUACUGGUGGACGCUGUCGGUGAUCGAUCAUCCACAGAGGACAAUGCUGUCAUCGCUUCUUCACUCCAAGAGCAAACGGCUGCACUGUCUGAGCACCAUCCUCACCGCUCAGUGUCUGCAGAAAGCAAAACAGCGGCUGAUGACGUCAUGGUUCAGAUCAGAGCUGGGAAGUCAGAGAUUGAGCGAAGAAUAUCUGCAUUUAUGGAACGCAAGCAGAUGGAGAUCAAUGAAAACAAUGUACGCGAGUUUUGCAACGUGAUCGACUGCAAUCAGGAAAACAGCUGUGCCAGGACAGAUGCAGUUUUCACCCCUUACCCAGGUUUUAAAAGCCACGUGAAAGUUACACGUGUGGUGAACACUUAUGGGCCCCAGACUCGUGGUGGGGGAGGCCAAGGAGAGGCUGGAGAGCAGCAGAGAGGACCAAGGGCAAGAGACCUUGGAAAUACAGCCAUAGAAGAACGACUUCACAACAUCGAGACUCACCUGAAACUCCCAACAGCAGGCCCAGUCCCAUUGGGUGUCUACCGGAGACUAAAGCAGCUGGAGGAUCGUAUCCUGGAGUUGGAGGGACUCUCACCUGAGUACUUUCAGUCCACAAGUCACCUGCACAAGCGACCAAAGGCCUCCCCUUCUCAGGCCUGCAGUCUGACAGAGCUGGAUGAAAAGAUCAGUGCAGUGAAAGCGGCGCUUCUGAAGAGGGUGAAUGAAUUUGGGCCUGGCUAUGGGGCAGAGUGUCCACUGUAACAAACACAAACCAGACACAAUACAUUUAUUAAUGCAUUCAGCAUGUUUCCUCGGUUUCUUUUCUGUGCCUUAGCAACUCAUUAGCACCACUCUCACCAUCUAUGUAGUUAAAAAUUUCACAUGCCUCAUUUUACCUUUUGAUAUACACUGCCCAGCCCCUUCAAAAGUCACACCUGUACAGUUGUGUGCAAUCCAGUGCAACACUUCUGCCUUCACAUCUGUAUUUAU